AUGACAGCGAAAACUGCAACUUGCACCGUGAAGCAGGUACCACCAGAUUUUCCGCUUUACAAGGGAGUCUCGUUUACGGCAGACCGAAUUAAAGCUGUCCGCAAGACCCUGCCGCAGCCUGGCGGGUAUAAGUGGCUAUACGAGUAUAUUGAUUUAUUGGAUCCGGUCAAAGACUGGGAGCAGGUUAUUCGAACCGAGUUCAACUACACUUUCAACGAAUUCGGCGGUUCUAUUCCGCACACAACCGCUUCAUCAACGUUAUCCAGAACCCCGUCGGUAGGAGGACUCUCGCGGGGACUGGGAAGGUUUUUGGUCAUUUCCAUGGUCAUGACCGGCUGAUGGAUGCGAAUGGCUUUCUGUUCAGCUGGAUGCUGGAAGGUCUCACGACGCCGAAUGGAAAGGCUGAAGUUGAACGGUUG